AUGAACGACACAUCGACGACCCAUCUACCACGCAUUCUCUGUCUUCAUGGCGGCGGAACCAACGCGACUAUCUUCCGCAUGCAAUGCAGAGUUCUCGAGAAACGUCUCGCGCGAUCUUUUCGUCUUGUCUAUGCCCAAGCUCCCUUCAUCAGCCUGUGGCCUGGUCCAGACGUGACAUCCGUAUAUAAGGACUUUGGGCCUUUCAGAGUCUGGCUCCGAGAUCACCGUAUGCCCGGCGUCUGGACAAGCCGCGAUGUUGCUUCCAAGAUUGACGCGUCCCUCGCUUUGGCCAUGGCUGCCGACGACGCCAAGGGCGCGACAGGAGAAUGGGUGGGACUGUUAGGAUUCAGUCAGGGUGCCAAAGUCGCCGCGAGCCUCCUCUACCGACAGCAAAGAAGCGGCAUGACUACGUUCCGAUUCGCAGUCCUCGUUGCCGGCCGUGGGCCUUUGGUUUGGCUCAUGCCUGAUCUGCCUAAACCGCGCGGCUUGGUCGACGCUGCCACACCAUUCACGUAUGAUCCGCCUGCGUGGCUCACGCUGGGUUCCCAUGAACACAUGCUGCGACUCCCAACCAUUCAUGUGCACGGUUUGAACGACCCGGGACUCGACAAGCACCGAGAGCUGCUUCGCGAGUACUGCGAUUCGCGGUAUGCGACGCUCGUCGAGUGGGACGGAGAUCAUCGACUGCCCAUCAAGAUUCGAGACGUCGAGAGAGUCGUCCAGCAGAUCCACAAGGCUGCACGGGAGACGGACAUGCCACCACCGAUAAUGGGACGGAGUGGUUUCUUGAUACAAUAG